GUGAUUGAGCAUGUAACAUCUGCUGUGAUGACGAGGGCUGCGAGGGAGGGAACUUCCCACCAUUACCGGGACUGCCACCCAUAAGCAUCAAGGCGUCCAUAGCGUCUUGCUCGGCCUGCUGGGUCGGCAUCGUCGAGCGUACUUGCGCUGGUCGAGACUUUGGUGUUGAGGGGACUUGAGCAGGCGGAGAUGAGGCUGACGGACGCCUGUAGAUGGCGCUGUUCUGCGAAGAGCCAUUGACGGCUGUGCUCGAAUCUGGCAGGGACCAGGACACCAUGCCGGCUCCGGAGCGUCGUUUUGAGGGUGGUGAGCGGAUGUCUAUCGGCGCACUGGACGAUGGCGGUGAAGCAGCCAUACGUGGGUGCAAGGCUGCAGCCAACUUCUCGACCUCGUUGAUGUUGCGAUGCUCCCAGCCAUGUUGUACUUUGACCAUGGCAUACGCGAGUCGCGUUUUGAGCGCAGCAGCAGCCUGAUACGUCGCGUCAGUGGGGCUCUCCCUCAAGGUACUGCGCGAACUCACCUCGCCGGCCUUGCUACCAGACGAGCUCACGCUCUCGGCGCGUGGCCUUUGAUCGGCGGGAGUGUCGACAACUUUGAGCAGGCCACUUGCUGUUCUCUUGUGUCUCGUUGGACUGUUCAAAGAGUCCGUCUGGGAUUGCGAGCUGUCUUCUGGAGUGCGCACUUGGCUACUCGACUGCGACGCGUCGUUCUGGUCAUUGUCCUUCGGCACAACCGGCGAUACCGGUUGAGAUGGCUCAGUACCGACAAGAUCGAUACUCGAGCAUUCGCGUCGCGGGGUUUACGGCGGCCGAGGCGGAUGGGCCUGACGGAUGCAUCUCGAAGUCUUUACCCACUCCAGGCACUGGUAUACUCAAAUCUGGCCUCGAAGAUGCGGCCAGUGUCUCCAUGGCUCUGUGUAGAAAUGAUUCGGUUGUCGCGACUUGGAGAGCACAGAUAUCAAUUCAACAUUGUCGCGGUGAUGCAACUAUUCAGACGACGCGACUGCUCCACUUCCCACUCACCACGCGUUGCGCACCGACCAUGCAACCGUUGAGACCGCCCGGAUCCCGAAGGGACCCUGCCUAUCUUGCCAACCUUCUUGAACACCAGGAGACGGAGUAGACUCCAGCAUCGUAACCAGGAGAUGCGGACUUAGCUUAUACAAAAUCUCAAUGUACUUGCAUCAAGGUGCCACCUUGGUAAUCUGGCUUUCUUGCACUUGGCAGCACUCAAACCAGCGACGUAUUCGCCUAGUGACCACAUAUCUUGGCACUGGAUGCAACCACAAGAGUCGACGAGA